AUGCCACCCCGAGCAUUUCCGUUCCCGUUCAGAGUGGGCACAGACAUUUGCAGUAUCUCUAGGAUACGCAACGUUAUUACCAGGCGCAACGAUGGCGAUCCGCUGCGCCCGCUGCACCAAUUCUUGAAGAGAGUUCUUACCAGCCAUGAACAACAGUACUUUUGGCAGCGUUUUGCAUCCGCAGACGACAUUCUCACAAAAACCGAUGCAGUUGCUGCAUUCCUCGCAGGCCGAUUUGCUGCAAAGGAAGCAUGUCGCAAAGCAUGCGACCAUCUGGAUAAAAACGCCAGAGGCUUUCAACAAAUCAUGAUUCUCCCCGUUACUUCGCUGGAUCGUAACGAACACCAAUCGUCACGUCCGCAAGGCUUAAUUCUUGAUGAGGUCUAUAAAACACGGGCGCUUUCAACUGAUUCUACGGGUGCCAGUUUUGAUGGCAAGGCGCAAUCUUCCCUUCUCCUUGACGUGCAUGAGUUGGAGGGACAGCUAUGCGAGAUCAGUAUUAGUCACGAUGAAGACUUCGCGACUGCGGUAGCUAUCGUGCCUUCUAUGAAAGGACACAGCAGCACAUGGAUUGGGGGAAAGUUGCCGUAG